UUUUUUUUGUUAGGGAGUAAUAGGACAAAAAAUUGCAGGAAUUCAUCCAGGUUUAUUAUGCGCAAUUCCAUUUUGUUGCAGGGUGCAUGUCGAAAAGUAUCAAUUCACGACGGAGGUCUGUACGUCGGUGGCGUCGGUGUGUCAUGGGCGGCUAUUCGCGUGAUUAAACGAAUCGGUGCCGGCUCAGAGCUGAUCCCACAAAUUCGCGGUUUUAUGGAGAAACUAGUGAAUCGGGCAGCGCAGGAUGCUCCGCGCGAUAAAAGCGAGAGCCUCUCCUUUCUUCUUGGCAGGCCCGGCAUCUGGCUCACCGCGGCCUCUCUCUAUCAGUUUUCUGGGGAGAUUCCUGAAAGGGAUCGGUUUUUGGGGCUUUACUGUCAACUUGCCCCGCACUUUGCCUCGUUGAAACCCGGAGGAUGCGAAAUCAUCUUCCCACAAGGUUCAGACGAACUCUUCAUCGGUCGUGCAGGCUACCUAUGCGGCUUGUACGAGCUUCGGCGGCAGACGUCAGAGGCAAGUUGUUCUCCACCUCCCCACCGCCUUUUCCUUCACCCGCCGUCGUUCCGCGCACACCGCCAGCACGUUGAGGUUAAGGUGCGGUGCCUUCGUUGCACUCCUCCUCCCUCCAUUUUGUUAUGCACCGGUGCUUUAUUGAAAAGGGCAUCCACCAGGGCUGUCGUAUCUGACGAGACGAUUUUCGCAAUCUGCGAUGCCAUCAUCAGUUCUGGUCAGGCCUACGCACAGAAACACCGCUCCCAGUGUCCCCUGAUGUUCGCCUACCACGGGACCGAGUACCUGGGUGAGGUUUGGCCUGCUGAAUCCCACCUUCACCAGCCCCUCCUCAGAAACACUCACUUAGACUCUGUGAGAAAAAAAUUGGGCAGGACAUGGGGACUUUUUCCAAGUCUUCGUAGUCUUUUUACCACGCUAGGUUUAGACGUAUUCUUAGUGCCCCUCGUCUUCCAUAUCUCGCGUGAUCCCAUGGCAAACAAAUUCGUAUCCCCCCGCCCUCGCCCCCAACUAAUCGACACGCAAGCUCCCGAGGCGUUUCAUCUGGACGCGCAUGAAUUGUCAAUUUCAGGUGCCGCACACGGCCUCGCGGGCAUUCUCUUUGCCCUAAUGCUUUUCCCUCAAUACCUGAAUGCCCGUGCCUCGGCCAGGCGCUUGGUGAAGGAGGCCAUCAACUACCUGGUGUCGGUGACCCCCACGAGCACGGGCAAUCUCCCCGCGGCCACGGACGAGGUGGACGCGCGUCAUGGUCGCUCCGCCCCAUCCGAUGAACUCGUGCACUGGUGCCAUGGCGCCUCGGGUGAGCAUACCAGAAAAUUUGAACCUACGUGGUUGGGAAGGGUUGUGCAGGCACACGGAGACCUCGAACUCAGCGGUGAUUGGAGGGACAGGGACGACGGGGGCAAUCGCCCAAGUCCACUUCACGUGCAGUUUAUGGUGGCCUUGCCCCACCUCCGUCGUCAGUCGGCAUCCCUCUCUAGCUGUACGAUACUUCCUCAAAAAACCAAUCGUUUGAUUCCCCUAGGCGCUGUUUACGCAUACGCGAGGGCCUAUGUUCUGUGGAAAGACGAGGUCUAUCUGAGGGAGGCUGCUAGGUGUGCGGACGUUGCUUGGGGCGGAGGACUGCUCAAAAAAGGACCGGGUAUAUGCCACGGAGUCGCGGGGAGCGGUUACACCCAACUAGCCCUCUACCGCAUCACGGGUGAGGAGCGUUACCUUGACCGGGCACGGGCCUGCGCCGCCUUCAUGGAUGAGGAGACGUUUCUUCGGGGUUCGCGCACUCCAGACAGCCCCCUUUCGCUUUUCGAGGGGCGCGCGGGAACAGCUGUGUUCCUCGCAGACCUCGCCAAUCCCGCCGAGUCCGCCUUUCCCUUUAUGGAUGUCUUUGGUGUCUAA